UUGUGAUAAAUUUUAUAUUCAACUUAAUGAAUCUAUACAAAAAAUGAGAAAGAAUGUCUAUCUUUAAAAAAGAGUUAUAGAACUUUAUUUGUUACCCAAUCAAUCCAUUUAUUAGGAGUACUCAAAAGUUGAGUUAUGUUAAUUAUUUGGACCAAUGAAUACUCUGACAAACCGUUUCCACUUCCACAAACCACUAAUACAGAGAGCUAGAAGCUCACAUUCCAACACUCACUCACAAAACUAUCCAAAUUCAAUAUAAAUUUCUUAUUCUUAUUAUCUCAUUGACACAACAACAACAACAACAACAAACAAUUACUAUCCAUGAAGUCUUUUCAGAGUGCUUUCAACUCAUUCAUCCAAAAACUCUUUUCAGGUUGCUUUCUUUUCUCUACCAAACCAAACCCAAUUCUAAUUCUUGACCGCUUUUACUAUAACAAUAGCAACAACAUUUAUGCCCACCACCUAUUUCUUCUAGAUGUCAAAACAAAGCUUCUCAAAGAGCUUCAUGUUCCAAAAGUAACACAUUCUAACAUUAUGGGUUUUAAGAUCAUAGGUUCAUGUCAUGGUUUACUUUGUAUUGCUCAUUAUUCCUUACACCAAAACUCUACCCUUUUCAUUUGGAAUCCAGCCACAAAACAAACCAGAACAAUCAUUGAACAACAACAAGAAUCCUUGUUGUUGUUGCCACCAGAUUGUCUUAUAGGCUUUUACUUCAACAACCACAAUGAAAAAAGUCAUGAUUUUUAUGUAGUAAGGCUUCACUCUUUUGAAGAAACCAAGAGUGAUUCUCUUGGCAAAAUUUAUUCUAUUCGAGCUGAAAAGUACUCUCUGAGUGAUGGAUUGUGGAGAGAAAUAAAGGGCUGUGAUCAAAAUUUGAUUUUGAAAGGAAAUUUGUUUUGGACUGAGAAUUGUGUCACAGUUGAAGAAACUUUGUUUUGGGUGGCUAUUGAGGUAAGUGAAAAAGUUAGCCAUGAAAUGAUUAUCUCUUUUAAUUCAUGUAACAAUGUUAUUAGCAAGAUAGAGAUGCCCUUUUCUUCUAAGGAUUGUGCUGAAGUUUAUAAGAAACUUGCAGUGUAUAAGGAUUCUCUUUCUUUGGUUAUUUGCUCAGAAAGUAAAAAUAUGGAACAAUGGUUAGAUUUAUGGGUUUUAAGUGAUGAAUAUGAAGGCGUGGAGUGUUGGAAUAAGGUUCAAACUAUAGGUAUGUUUUCAAGAUUAGAGCGACCAGUUGGUGUUUGGAAAAAUGAAAUUCUUAUGGCCACAAAUAAAAUGAUACAUGGUGUUGGUGGAAUUGUAGCUUUGCUUCCAGAAGAUGAUAUUGGAGAUGAGUUUUCAUAUAACAUUUUAAAUUAUGAAGAGAGCUUCAUUCCUUUGGAUUAUGUGGAGGAAUCUGAUUACAUUGAAAGUGAAGGAUUUUUGUUGAUAUGAUAUGUUUAUUUAGAGCAACAUUGUUUUUUCGUGUUACACCUAAAUAGACCUAAUCUAUGAAACUUAGUUAAUUUUCACGUAAGUAUUAUUUGUGAAAGUGAAGGAUUUAUGUUGAUAUGAUAUGCUUGUUUAUGAGCAACACAAUGAUUGUAGUUGGAACUGAGGACUUUAGAUUGAAUAGUACUUUCUUGUUCAGUUUA